AUGUGGGAGAAGAGGCUCCCCUCUGCCAACCUCUGCUCACCACCGCUGGUGAAUCCCGCCCCCACCUCCCACCUCUCCCUGCCGCGGGCGUCGGCGGACGGGCGCCGGCUGCGGGAGGAGCCUGGCGAGCGCAGAGAGCGCAAGUGUGCGGGGAAGCUGUGCCACUCGGGGCCUGCGCUCAAUGCCAUGAGCCCUUCCCCCAUCCCAUUAGAACGUGGUCUUUGCUUGUCCGUUUUCUCUGAGGACAGUCACCUCUUGCGUCCGAGGCUAGGGCCGGUGCAAGGAACGGGGGACAAGCGGCCCAGACACUCCGCGCCUCCUCAGCCUCCUCAGCGUCCUCAGCGUCCUCUCCGUCCGCCUCCUCGGCCCCUGGGCUCCCCCUCGGCCGCCCGCUGCCGCCCGUCCAACUCCGCGCCCUCCCCGCGCCCGCCGCCAUGGGCCCGCGCCCGCCGCGCCGCCGGGCCGAGGGGAGCUGAGGCGCAGCGCCAAGAUGGGCGAGGGCGGAGCAGGGCCCCAGCACCAGCCGGAGCAGCCCGGGCGCCCCGCGCGCGCCCGCCCGCGCCGCCGCGGGGAUGCCCGCGCCCGCCGCCGCGCCCUGAGCGCCUUUGUCUGCCGCCCGCGCGGCCCGCCGCACCACUGGCCUCGCGGGCCCGCGCCGCGGCCGGGGCCGCGUCCAUGAAGAUGGAGCCGGGCCGGCCGGCCUCCCCCGCGGGCGGUCCGGGCCCCGACCCGGAGCCUGGCGGGCCCGACGGGCCAGGGGCCGCCCCGACGCCUGCCGACCCCGCCCCGCGCCCGGGGCUCUGUCCGCCGGAGCCCGCGGCCGGCCUGAGCGCCUGGCUGGCUCCGGGAGCCUCCUGCCUGCGGCCGGGCCGGGGCGCCUACCCGGACUCGGAGCCUGACCCCGACCCCGACCCCGACCGGCAGCGGCCGGAGCUCGGCCCGCUUUUCCCUUGGACUAAAGAGUCAGAGGACGAUGGGCCCCCAAGUUGCCCGGAGAGCCCGUCCCUCCACGCGCAGGAUUUCAGCCACAGCCUCCACCGGAGGGGCGACGUCGACUUCUUCCCUUCUUUCCCUUCGCCCGCGGCGGGCGACUUGGCGCUGGAGGGGGGUCCCGGCGACGCGGACCGACCCUCGGACUUCAGCCAGACUUGCCCCUUCCCGAGCGAGCCCGCGGGGUGUCCGGAGGACGGCCCCCGCCUCCGAGCCGUGUUCGAUGCCCUGGACGGGGACGGGGACGGCUUCGUCCGCAUCGAGGACUUCGUCCAGUUCGCGACGGUCUACGGGGCAGAGCAGGUGAAGGAUUUAACGAAAUACUUGGAUCCCAGUGGGCUCGGCGUGAUCAGUUUCGAAGACUUCUACCGAGGGAUCGCAGCGAUCAGAAACGGAGACUCCGAGGGCCCGCUGUGCGGCGUGGCGCCAGCCCAGGACGAGGAGCCGCAGGCCUGCCCCGAUGAGUUCGAGGACUUCGUUACCUUUGAGGCCAACGAGGUGACAGACAGCGCGUACAUGGGCUCUGAGAGCACCUACAGCGAAUGCGAGACCUUCACCGACGAGGAUACCAGCACUCUGGUGCACCCUGAGCUGCAGCCCGAAGGAGACGCGGACAGCGCGGGCGGCUCGGCCGUGCCCUCCGAGUGCCUGGACGCCAUGGAGGAGCCCGGCCACGGCGCUCUGCUGCUGCUCCCAGGCAGAUCCCACUUGCACAGUCAGUCCGUCGUCACGGUGAUUGGUGGCGAGGAGCAUUUCGAGGACUACGGGGAGGGCAGUGAGGCGGAAUUGUCCCCGGAGACCCUCUGCAAUGGGGAGCACGGCUGCAGAGACCCCGCAUUUCUCACCCCCAGCGCCGACCCGCUUGCCGCCAAGCUGCACAGCAUUCUUACUGAUGAGGCUUUUGAGUUUUACUGUAGCCAGUGCCACAAACAAAUCAACCGCCUCGAGGAUCUUUCUGCUCGCCUGAACGAUCUUGAAAAGAAUAGUCCAACGAGGCGGCUCUCCAGCAAGAAGGUGGCAAGGCACCUGCACCAGUCAGGGGCCCUGACUAUGGACGCCCUGCAGGACCCCCCGGCGGACCCCAUGGAGGGCAUGGAAGAGGACAUUGCAGAUAAGGUUGUCUUCCUGGAGAAGCGGGUGUCAGAGCUGGAGAAGGACACGGCCGCCAACGGAGAGCAGCACAGCCGGCUGAGGCAGGAGAACCUCCAGCUGGUGCACAGAGCCAACGCCCUUGAGGAGCAGCUGAAGGAACAGGAGCUGCGGGCCUGUGAGAUGGUCCUGGAAGAAACGCGGAAGCAGAAGGAGCUCCUGUGCAAGAUGGAGAGAGAGAAGAGCAUUGAGAUCGAGAACCUGCAAGCCAGGCUGCAGCAGCUGGAUGAGGAAAACGGUGAGCUGAGGUCCUGCACGCCCUGUCUGAAAGCCAACAUCGAACGCCUGGAGGAGGAGAAGCAGAAGCUGCUCGACGAGAUUGAAGAGUUGUCGCUGCGGCUCAGUGACGAGCAGGAAAACAGGAGGAAGCUGGGGGACAGGCUGAGUCACGAGAGGCACCAGUUCCAGAGGGACAAGGAGGCGACCCAGGAGCUCAUCGAGGACCUGCGCAAGCAGCUGGAACACCUGCAGCUCUUCAAGCUGGAGGCCGAGCAGAGGCGGGGCCGCAGCAGCAGCGUGGGUCUGCAGGAGUAUCACAGCCGCACCCGGGAGAGCGAGCUGGAGCAGGAGGUCCGCAGGCUGAAGCAGGAUAACCGCAGCCUGAAGGAGCAGAACGACGAGCUCAACGGGCAGAUCAUAAACCUGAGCAUCCAGGGCGCCAAGAACCUCUUCUCCACGUCCUUCUCCGAGUCCCUGGCCGCCGAGAUCAGCUCCGUCUCGCGUGAUGAGCUCAUGGAAGCAAUCCAGAAGCAGGAAGAGAUCAACUUGCGUCUGCAGGACUACAUCGACAGGAUCGUCGUGGCCAUCAUGGAGACCAACCCGUCCAUCCUGGAGGUCAAGUAGAGGCGACGGCCCAGCCCGGGCUGUUUCCGGACCCACCCACAUCCAGAGAGGCACAUCCAGGCCGAGACCAGCAGGUCCCGUGCCCAGAGCCUGGAGCCCAUGCUGGGCUGGGCUGGGCUGGCGCCGUGGAGGAGGGAGAAGGAAAGGGAAGCCCCAGGACUGGAGCCCCCAGCAGGGUAGGGCCUGCGCUCAGCUCUGGCCUCCCCCGCCCCCUCCUCUCUGCAGAGAUGUGGGGACAGUGUCUCAGGCUGGGGUGGGCGCCUCCAUGAGCUCCCUCCCGAGUGGCAGACCACCUGCUGUCCUGCCUUAUCAGGGAAGAAAAGAAGGAAACAGGUCCCUGCCUGGGGUGCUGCCACCCAUGCCUGCACAGGCUCGCUGACCUGGUGCCAGCCAAGCUUCAGCCGCUCCUGGACAGCAGAGAGGCCCCGGGACUCCCUGUGGUGUGGGAAGGACAGGCGGGCGGGCUGGCUGGUGUGUGGGGUCUGACCAGGAGCCAAAGGGCCUCCCUGCGUCUUUCCUGGGGCGGUCUCCCAGCCAGGAGGGGCAGCUCGGUCCUGCUCCAGGCCCGGGGGCCCUGGCCAUGCAGCCCGUCCCACAGUCGGACCCUCGCUGCAGUAACCCUCGAGGGCUCUGACCCUCCUGUGGGGGCUGGGGCAGGACGUCAGGACGUGAGAGUCGAGCCGUGUGGAACGUGCUGUCUGGACGGGCUGGACAUUGCCAGCUCCCUCUGACGGCUGGGGUGCAGGCAGGGCCGUGGCGAGGUGCUGCUUCCCCGUGGGUGGGGCCUUCCUGGCCUGCUGGAGUCCCCCCUCCUGUGCGGAUCUUGGCUGCCCCCAGUGAAGUCCCAGCUUCCCAGGUCAGAGUCCAAGUGUCCCAGAGUCCUCUGGGAGUCUGAAGUCAUUAGAAGUUGUCCUUCUUCCCCAGGUGCAGUCUGCAGGAGGCGGGGCAGGGCGGGCUCCAAGGACACAGGUCAGGAGCAGAGAACAGGCCUUCCCAGCGGCUUGGGAGUUCCUUGCAGGAGGCCCUUGCCCGGCUUUGCGCUGCAGCCACCCGGCGCCUGUGCUAGCAGGAGCAGCCAUGUCAGCCCCCCCGGGAGGCUGGGCCUGCCCCCCCUGAGCCCGAGCACUGGCCAGGAGUGCCCAGGGGGGUCCCACACAGACUGGCCACUGCUGUAUGAAUGUGCGUGUGAGGCGUGCGCGUGUGUGCGUGUGAGGGUGGGUGUUGCCCUGCUCCUCCAUCCUCCACGUGGCCCACCUCCUACACUAAGAGUUAAGACUUGCUUCGUAUUGUACAUUUUGGGGAAAGCCUUGCUGUAAAUCAGUGUAAACUUGGAGGAGAGAUUUUUCUAUCAUGUAGAGUAGGUAUUUUUUAUAGAUUGAAGGUUGAUCAAUUUUUUAAUACUUCCAAGAGAGAAAACUAUCUGUGUAUACACAUGAAAUAUAUAUAUAUAUAUAUAUAUGUAUGAUAAUAAAUACUGAAGUCUGCUUUCCACGCCCAGCCCGCCCGCCUACUCGCCCGCGGGUCUGUCUGUCUGUCCCCGACAGUCCUGGACUGUAAAUACAAGCUGCCGGAAGACGCCCCACUCAAACACUCAGGCACCGACUGACUUGUACAUUCACCCCGCUUUCCUCCUCAAGACUCUUCCAGGCACAGUGGCCGUGGCCUGGAUGCGGACAGGCGAGGCCGGGACGAUGUCACCACAGAUUAAAGCUGUUGCUGCACA